AUGAACCUGUCAGGAGGACAGUGGAAAUCGGAUGACAUCGACAAGUUAAUCCUUAGGCCGCUUCUCAAGGAGGUGCUCAAGAACAUCCGACCAAUGGACGAGUCGCUAGGAAAGAAUGUCGAAGUCCUAGCAAACCAACACGAGACACCACCAAGUUCUUCCCAGAACACCAAGAGUGUAGAGAUGCCGACAAUGCAGUGCAGAAAUUCAGGUGAAAGUUCAUUAUCAAGGCAUAGUUCUACAUCAAGCAGUACCUCUUCAUCAAGCAGCAGUUUCUCAUCAUCCUCGUCAAAGAGCACUUCAUCAUCAACUCAUGCAGCAUCACCAGAUGUGCUAGACUCUGAUGAUUCAGUUGCAGAUAAGAACUAUGAACCAAAUUAUGACGAAGAUUCAGAAGGAGUUGAUAGUAAUGACGAUGACUCUUCUCUGAAUCAAAAUUUUGACGCUGCUACACGUGGAAAUAGUGAUGCUGCUAGACUUGGAAAUAGUGACGCUGCUACACUUGGAAAUAGUGAUGCUGCUACACUUGGAAAUAGUGACGCUGCUACACUUGGAAAUAGUGAUGCUGCUAGACAUGGAAAUAGUGACGCUGCUACACUUGGAAAUAAGGUCACCAAAGAAUUGGAAAGCCCAGCUAAAAGAGUCCUGGAAAAGAAGAAUAAAGUUUGUGGAAAUUUGAUUGAAAAUUAUCUGAGAGGUAAGCGCAGUAAUCACCACACCGUUGAUGAAGGUAUCAAGGACGGAAGGAAGGCUCAUAUUGAUUCCAUUCCAAAAAUUGAGAGUCAUUACCUCAGGGCUAAUACAUCGAGAGUUUUCAUUGACGGAAGCAAGACUGUUGCUGAUAUCCCAUAG